AUGUUACCGAAUAAUAGUCCAUUUUCACCUUCAUACAUAAGUGGUAAUAAUAAUAAUAAUAAUAAUAAUAGCAAAAAUGAAAGAUCACCACCGCCACCAUUACCACCAAAACCACAACAACUCCAUAUAAAUGAUUUAGGUAGUACACCCAUUAAAAAACCAAUCAAUAAUUCAUCUAUAAACACACCAGAUAAUAAAAAUAAAAAUAACAAUAAUAAUAAUAAUAAUAAUGAACAAAAACAACAACAACAAUUUAGUUAUAAUUCAACACCAGUGUCAACACAAAAAAAUAAUACUACUACUACCACCUCAACAACAGCGACACCAUCACCAUCUGGAUCGAAACCUUCUCUAAUUAAACCACGUACUCCAUCAUCUAUUUUUAAUAAUUCUAGUAUUAAUAGCAUGAAUGGUAGUAAAUACAAUAAUUUAAAUUUUAAUAAUAAUAAUAAUAAUAAUAUACCUUCAUCAGCGCAACCAAGUAAUAUUGGUGAAGUUAUACUUGAAGAAUUAGUUCCAACUAAUGAUUCUGACUAUAGCAAUAAGAAUAAUUUUCCUUCUUCACCAUUAACACCUGCUAAUGGAAUGAGAAGUACUUCUAAAACACCUCGUAGGUGGAGGUUAGUACCUGCAAAUUGCACUUGUUUACUGCAUGAAAAUAAUUUAAAUAGUAGUGCAAAUACUAAUGCAAACAACAACAACAACAACAGCAGCAGCAAUAAUAAUAACAACAACAACAGCAAUAAUAACAACAAUUCAUCAAGCUUUUGUCCUAGAUGUAGUCAACAAAUAAAUAGUGAUGAUAAUAAUAAUAACAAUUCAAAUUUUGGUAAUUUAGAUGAAGCAUUUAAAUCAAAUUAUAGCGUUAAUAGUAGAAAUAAUUCAAAUAUAAAUAAUAAUAAUAAUAACUUUAAUAACAGUGGUGGUACAGGUUUGAAUGGACUUAAUAAUAGUAGUAGUAGUAAAAACAAUAAUAAUAAUAAUAAUAAUAAUAAUAAUAAUAAUAAUAAUAAUAAUUUGAAUGGUGGAUUUAAUAGGUCAUCAUCAACAACAACAACUACCACAGCCAAUAAUUUUUCAUAUCAUACCCCAUUAAAAAAGGUAACGUAUAAAGUUGAAUGUACUGGUGAUUUUGAAAGAGAACUUGAUCUUUUAAAGAAUGAAGUUAGUGAAUUGGAAGAUGAAUUUGGUUUAUUAAAAUUAAACUCUUCAUUAAAUAAAAGUCAUGGUCCAAUUACUACAAAUUCAACUUCAAUUUUAAAUGAUUAUAAUAAUCUACACAACCAUCAACAACAACAACAACAACACCACCACAAUAAUCAAAAUAAUCAUAAUAAUAAUAAUAAUAAUAGUCAUAGUGGUAUUAAUACUAAUAGUACUGAUAAUAGUACUAAUAUACCAUUUAAUAGAACAUCAUCUACUUCUUCCACUUCAAAAUCACCAUUUUUUUCAAAUUAUACCUCAUCAUAUUCAAUUCCAAAUAAUAAACUACAACAACAACAACAACAACAAAAAGGUGAUAAUAAUAAUAAUAAUAAUAAUAAUAAUAAUAAUAAUAAUAAUAAUAAUAAUAAUAAUAAUAAUAAUAAUAAUAACAAUGAAGAUAAAGUUCAAGAAGUUGAAAAAGAUGAUGAAAAUAAAAUUAAAAAAUUUACAAUAAAUAAACCAUAUCAAUAUGAAUUUAAAAGUAAUGGAACAUCAAGUAAAAAUAAUUUAUUAGAACAAAUUAGUAAUUUAAUUGAUGAUUUAGAAAAGGAAAAGAAUGAAUCAGCAACUAUUAAACAAGAGAGGAAUGAAUUUGAAAGAUUAAUGAAAGAACUUGAGAAAACUUUAGCAUUAAAAGAGAGAGACAUUACUUCUAUCAAACAAUUGAAUCUACAAAUUGAACAACAAUUGAUAGAGAAAGAGAAAAGUACAAUUCAACUAUUGAAUCAAUUGAAACAGUAUCAAAAUGAAUUGAUAGAGAAAGCAGUGGAUUUAGAGACAUUGAAAGAAUUGGAGGUUGAAAUUUACUCUAUUAAAAAUCAAUACAAUGAAAAGAUUAAUGAACUAUCUGAAAAGAAUCAGCUAUUACAUCAAAAUGAAAAGGAGAUUCAACAAUUGAAUAAUAACAUCCAAAGGAUGAGACUAGAGUUAACCAAUCAAGAGAAAGCCGAGCAAUUACUAUUGGAAAUUGGCAAACUAAAGAAAUACAUCACCGAUUUAGAACAUUCCUCAAAAACACUUUUAGAAAAUGAAUUUUUAAAAUACCAAUCACUAAAACAGCAAUCAGACUCUGAGAAACAAAGAUCAAAUGAUACAAUCAGUCGAUUGGAGCUAACAGUCGCUCAAAGGGAGAAACAAAUUCAACUAUUAGAGAAUGAAAAAAUUGGUAAGAUUUUAAUUGAUAAAUUAGAAUUUGAUCAAUUGAAUCAAGAGAUGACUUUAGCAUUACAACAUCUCUCUGAAUUGGAUAUUGAUCAUAAUCAAUUGAAACAUGAUUAUAAUACUUCACAAGAACAACUUAAUCAAUUACAUUUAGAUAAUCAACAAAUUAAUCAACAAUUAUUAGAUCAAAAGAAAUUAAUUAAUCGUUUAAAAUCUGAAAAUGAUGAUAUGAAGGAAAGAUUAUCAAAAGUUCAUUUCAUAGUUCAAGAUUCUCCAAAAAAACAAUUAUCACAACAUCAAUUAAAUCAAAUUUAUCAAACUCCUUAUAGAUCUUUAAAUUUUUCAAAUUCACCUUUAAAUAAUAAUUCUAAUAAUAGUAAUAUUGAUAAUAAAAUAAAUCAAUUAUCUUCCUCUUCUUCCUCCUCAUCACCAACAAAUAUUAAUACUAAUAGUAAUAGUGGUAAUAGUGGUGUUAGUGGUGGUAUUAAUAAUUUAGAUAAUACCAAUAACAAUACCAAUAAUAAUACCAAUAAUAAUAGUAUUAAAGUAUUAAAUUUUAAAGAAUCACAAUCAACUUCUGAAAGUAUUUUCAAUUCAGUAUUAUCAGAACAUUCUACUAUUUCAAAUGAUGAUAAUAAUAAUAAUAAUAGUAGUAAUAAUAAUGAUAGUAAUAAUUCAAUUAACCAAUCAUUAACUCCAAUUACUCCAAUGUCUUUACCAAAAUUAAAUGGAUUUUUAAAUCAUAAUAAUAAUAAUAAUAAUAAUAAUAAUAAUAAUAAUAAUAAUAAUAAUAAUAAUAAUAAUAAUAAUAAUAAAAAUAAAAAUAAUAAUAAUAGUAUCACUUUUAAUAUUCAAAAUGAUGUAAAUAAAACUCAAAAACAAAAUGAAGAUUCAAUCGUCAAAAAUACAGAAUAUCAAAUUCAACAUGAUGUAGAUCAAAAUGGUAUUCAUGAAAAUGAUAACAAUCAUAACAAUCAUGAUAAUGAUAACAAUGAUGACAAUGAUAACAAUGAUGACAAUGAUGAUCAUUUUGUUUCUGAAGAAGACUAUCGUAAAUAUAUAAAUAGUGAUUCAAAUCAACAAGAUGAAGAAUAUGAACAAGAAUAUGACCAACAACUUUAUCAACAAGAUUAUCAACAAGAAUAUGAACAAGAAUAUGACCAACAACAAGAAGGAGAAGAACAAGAAGAACAAGAAGAACAAGAACAAGAAGAACAACAAGAAGAAGAACAAGAACAAGAGGAGGAACAAUUAGAAUAUAAUCACAAUCAUGAUGGUAAUGAAGAACAGGAAAAUUAUCACAAUAACCAAGAUGAUGAAGAUGAUUAUAUCAGUGAAGAACAAGAUGAUUGGAAUAAUAGCCUCAAUUCAAAAAGUAGUAGUAGAUUAAAUGGUAUACGAAGAAGAGAUGAUGAUGAUGAUAAAGAUAAUGAUAAAACUCUUGAUGAUGAAUAUUUUAAUGACAAAGAUUUUGAAAUUAAUGUUGACGAGGAAAAAGAUGAAGAAAAAGACGACCGAGGUUUAUAA